UUCGCCCCGUCAUCUCAUUUUAUGAAGGGUUCGCAAAACAACGUCAACUUCGCGGACUCUUCGCCCUUACCUCCCAACUUGAUUUUGCCCUAUAGAAAAAUAAUCUCAUCAUUGGAGUGCGGAUGUAAUGGCCCAGAACUAGUCUUCUUUUUUUCUGUAACUAAUAUACUUUUCUUUCGAUAUACAUGUUCCGAUUUCCUUUCUUCUCCACUCUCGACUUUUCCCUCCCAAGCAAAACGGCACGUCCGACUUGGCCACCUCUAGACGAAGAGGAGGUCAGCUCAUGUUGUUAGGAGGGUUAUUUUUUACAUCCACUUAAUUUUCCAUAGCCUGUGGCCAACCUACACAAUGGAUAUUCCUAUGCGAGGCCAAAUGCCUGGCUUCAAGACACCCUUACCAGAAAUCUGCGUACAAGACUCUCAUCACCCCGAUCGAUACCCCGAUAGAUACUCAGAUGAACAUAGAUACCAUUCGACCACAUCUUCAGCAGCUGCUCCUGGCCCAAUGUCUAUACCCAAUGCUAGAGAGGCCCCUCCUCCUCCUUUACCACCACCGAGAUACAUUCCAGACAUUGCAGAUAAUGGGAGAGGAGAUCUUGGGUGGCAGUGGGCGAACCAGCACCGGGACGUCAAUUGGGAAGGGCGGUUAUCAGCUGUAGCCGCUGGAUCAAGUUUGUACGGGAGCUAUAGUCGCAAGAGCAUUUCAGAUGAGCGACCAGAUAUUGCACGCCGAGGGAGCUCAAACGCCACUAUUACCGCACACACAUCGAAAGACGCGAGCAACCAUUUGAAUACGUUGCCGAAAGAUGAGGGAUAUUCAAGUCUUUCUGCUUCCAAUGCAAGCAUUGGCUCGACACAGUGAGUGCUAUUAUUUUUAUCUUUGGCGGGAGCAUCCGGUACCGGUCGUGUCGCGGACAGCAUCGCCAAUCUGCUUGCCAGCCCUUCCUUUACCAAUGAUAAUGAGGCCGUUCUUUUGUAUUUUUGGACUAAUCUUUCCUCUCGCAGAUCGAAAAAAUCAAUUGGCUUUCAAAGUUCGGUCCACGAUGCAUUUCAAACUAGUGCUCAAGCAUACGACCAAUCAUUGUUACAGAAGUUAGGCGGUAGAGGAGAUAAUUUUACACCAUCAAGACCUUUCGCAAAGUCUACGUUUAGCUCAUCUGUAAACGAUGCAUCGCCAACGUCUCGAAUAGCGCGGGAACAUGGACAUCCCGCUCUCAAGCCACUGUCUCUGCCAAUCCAUACACACAAACCAGCGCUGGCUGAGAGUCCGAUAAAUCGUUGGGCAGAUUCGCCUUUGUCAUCCGGCGUUUCACCUGGCAAUCCAUAUGCCAGACUUGGUGGCUUGAAUCCGUUUGAUUAUAGAUCGCCAACCGAUAUCAUAGACAACGAAAGAUCAUCACUACCUUACCCCAGGAGAUCAGGAAGCAUAGCAGAUGAUGCAUCGAGUAUUGCUAGCCAAUCUAGGGAUAGCUUCCACAUGCCUUCUCCAGAGUACGAAGAAGGUUUUCAUAUGGAAGAAACGGGUUUGAGACGAUUACAGAUAGGAGAAGAAUAUCACGGCCGGAGCGAAGGAUACUCUCCCAGUUCUGCUACAGCCGGGCAAAAACGACGCGCAUCUUCCCCUCCCAGGGAUGAUGGCCUGCAUCUGCGCACGGUGGGUAGUGCAAGUGAUCUUGCUCGACGUCGUGAGUCUGGCUCGCGUUCAACACCGAGCCCACGCUUUCAUUCGACUUCUACAUCUAUCUCAUCUAGUGCUUCUCUACCCAGAAACUCAUUCUCAUCUACAUUAUCAGUGGCUGCGAGUAGCGCAACCAGCAUGGGUUCAUACGUUAGGCUGUCUCAUGGAAGUCUCCCACCCGCGCCCAUGGAUAUCAACCCCGAUAUGUCAUAUAACGGUUCGAUGUCGCUGAACCCCAGCCCAAGGGGAUCGAUUUCAGCUAGAACUACCCACCACCGAGCUUUAUCUGAGAGCCGGCCUCUAACCCAUGCACGAAAAAUGCCAGAGGUCUUAGGGCACGUGAAACACAACAGUGCUCCUACCAGACAAGGCGGUUUUAUUUGUGCAUGCUGCCCCAAAAAGCCCAAGAAAUUUGACACCCAAGAAGAACUCAAGUCAGUGCUCUUAAACCUAAUAAUUUGUUUAUGCUAACCACAGAUCAGCGCGCAUGAACAAGAAAAGCAAUACGAAUGCCUAUACUGCCCAAAUCGUUUCAAGAACAAGAACGAGGCCGAAAGGCAUCAAAAUUCUUUACAUCUUCGCCGUCACUCCUGGUCGUGCGCUGCGCUGCUAGAUUGGGCGCAUGCUUUCCAUCCUUCUCCUUCGCGCCCCAAUGAUGCGGACACUUGUGGGUACUGUGGUGAAGAUUUUCUAAGGAGUGGUUUCACGAACCAUGAAGGAUCGCCAGUUCCUGCGGCGACAGGCGAGGAUUGGGAAAUUAGGGGUGCCCAUCUGCAGGAUAUGCACAAGUUUGGAGAAUGUAACCAUGCAAAGAAGUUUUUCCGCGCAGAUCAUUUUCGUCAGCAUUUGAAGCAUAGUCAUGCUGGGACAAGUGGAAAAUGGACGAACAUGCUUGAGAACGCUUGUAUGAUAGACGAGCCACCUCCAGAGCCACUUCGGGGACCCGAAAGAGUCAGUCCUGGUGGAGUAAGAGUAGGCCGAAUCAACGAAGAAGACGAAAUACUAUAAAAUUAAAGGGCCUUCAAAAUUAUGGCUAGUUUGAGUCACCCUGAGAUGCCGCAUAAACACAAUUCCUGCGGGCUAUUAACAACAAAGUUCAUAUAUGGAUUUCUGGUGACAUAAUAUCCGAUCUGCGGAAACAAAUCAUGAAUUGAAAAGGAAAUCUAGGGUUUCAUCUGCAUCAGGAGUUGACUUUGGAGCAUUGCUUGGACUACACUGCAUAUUCUUUUCUUACACGACAGGAGUACUCCUAUAUCUGCAUCAAUCUGGCGUUUGUGAUAUUUAAACCUCUUUUUUACAUUCAGGAGUUAAGUGUUAACUCUCUAUAAUCAGCAAACAUUCAAGAAACAGACGUGUCAAACCUAAUUCUGUUGUUUUACGGGCACGUGACUCGGGAACGGAUGGGAAUAUGGGCGGGAAGAACAAGCGAGAUUAUGGUGUUGUCUUGGGCUUUAUCACCAACGUCAUCCACCGUAAAAAUGCUUAUACGUUGGGCUCUGCUAUUUUUGGAAAGAUGCAUGGCUCAGAAGCGGGAGAAACGUAGGGAAUGAGCAAAAUAGAUUAUUCGUCCAAGAGUUUGGAUGCGGUUGUAUGUAUAGCAUACCACGAAAGCAAAGACGCGUCUAACGCCACCGACGUAAGGAAUAAAAGUUUACAACCUUGGAUGUUUGAUUUCCCCAUUUUUUAGGCUGUUAAAUUUUGCAUAUGAUAUUAGGUUUACAGUGUUGGGAUGAGAGACAACGGAACGGCACUUGCUCUUGAAAUUUGUUCCAAGAAUUUUUCUGCCGACUCCUGGCAUCUCAUCAAUGAUGGGCGAAGCACACACCCCGGGUAGACCUUGGAGAAUACUAGCUACGAGGCAAAGCGAUAAUAAACUACCGAAAACUCCCCCAUCGUCGAAGGUGGAAAAGGGCUUGAGUCAAGAUGCACAUGUGGUUAUGAUGGAAGCUGAAAAUUGAUAUAAAGAGGAAAGGGCUGAGGAAAACGGACAAAGAGAGGUGAUUUUAAGUGUGCUAUCAUGUUCUCUUUCGAACAUCUUCAAGGGAAGGAAAACAGGACGGGUAAUAGUAUGUAUGGGUAGUGAAAGCUUUGGUCAUUUGCACGGGGCAAAAGUUAUCUCACGUUGUUAUGUGACUAAGGAGUUCCUCACUUUCCAUUCUAGCUGAAAAUAAGACUUUUUGGACAAGAUGUCAAAGCUAGAAAAGUAUUGGGAUGUCACUCUAGUUUCACCUGAUGACAUACACGACGUGAUAAUGGAAGCUAUAUCAAUUAAUCGUUUUGGUUGGAUGAUCGCUGGGGGUUUUUUUCAUCCUCGCCACUAGUAAAAUGGCAGACUAGCCAAAGGCAGCUAUCCAAAAGAGAUCGUAGUUGAAGGCUGGUGUUGACACAUGUUUCUGGACCAGAUCGAGAUAGCUCUGGACACAUUGAUGUAUCAUUGAUUCAUUGACUCAUUGACAGAUCCAGAUCGAGGUCGCUAGCAUUAGCGGUAGCGUCUUUUACAAGUGUGAUCUACUAAAGACACUGUGACUGACAUUAGUUCGGUGGAUCGGAGAUCCAUGAUUUGCAGUUGACGACAUGACGCUCAUGGGAUAACACUAGCUAGGAUUUGUCGUAGAAUAUAAUGCCCUUAUUUCAUCAAUGUUGGCAAUACCUGUGCUAGAAAAGCGCUGGGCUUUGCUUAUCGAUGAUUAAGUACAAAUGCUCGGCGAAUCCGUGUUCGAGC